AUGGCUCUUUUGAGUAGAAGAUCAUAUGCUUACUCAAAGAUGGAAAGGGAAGACCCAGAAGAGGCAAAGCAUCGUUUGGCUCAGUUCUUGAUCUACAAAGCACUAGAGAAAGCUGAUCCUCGGACAAGACAGUCUUGCUUCAGAGUGAGAGUUAGUAAAUUGAAGAUUAAGAUGGGGAGGAGAUUGAAAAGAUUAAGGAAGACCAUGCUCUUAACCAUGUCUGCAGCCAAACGUGGCCUUUACAAACAAGUUUCUAGUCGAUUCAAGCGUUUGGUCCGAGGUGGACAGACCAUGGUUAUUGGUUAG